UAGGUGGGUACCUGAAGGCAGCAGCGGUUAUUCAGGUGCGGUCAUUCCUCUUCCUGAUUCUGUGUGACUCGGCUUGUCUCUGUGCGGCUGUUUGAGGAUUAUUAGAGCUAGUGCCAGCUUGAGUGACCAUGGAUUUCGACUUGUCGGAGGCGGUAGGUAAGGAUGACAAGAUGAAGAAGAAGGACGCCUCUGGUCAGGACCAAAACCUUUCCUUCCCAUGGGGUAAGGACAAGGACAAGUCCAAGAGCGGCUGCAAAGAAAAGUCUAAAGACAAGAAAGAUAAGAGUCACAGCAAGGACGGGUCAAAGUGCUCCAGCAAAGAGCACAAGAAGAAGAAGGAGAAGAAGGAGAAGAAACACAAAGAACACAAAGAUGGACAUGAGUCGGACAGCUCCUCAUCCUCUUCAUCUUCAUCUUCAUCCUCCAGCAGUGAUGAGGAGGGGAAGAAGAAGAAGAAGUGAACGAGUGACUCUUCUUCUGCCUUAUCACCUCUGUGUCUCACAUGAUCUUGUAUAUUGCAUCGUGUCACUGACUGGCCUCAUGUAAAUAUAACCAGUCUUCUGUAAACAACAUGCCUGAUUCCUUGAAGUAAAUCUGACAACAAA